CAGAGGGCGAAAAAGGCAAGAGAGGAGAAGAAAGAGAAACCAGGGGGCCGAGGCGCCGUCCAAUGACAAAGCCCAGGGGUGGGCGCCGGCCGCCAUCUUGUACUGGGCGGCAGGAUAUUCACCCACGUCCUCCGCCCUCGGAGGGGGAGGGGCGGCGGCGGAGGCGAGAAAAGUAGCCAGAGACGCGGCAGGCGGGAGGCGCCAGCAGCGGUCAGCGCCGCGGAGCCGGACGCGGGCGGGACUCGGCGACAACGGGCGGCCCCGAGCGGCCUCCGAUGCGGCGCAACGUGAAGAGGCGCCGGCGCCGGCCCCUGUCGGCCCCGGCCCUGGCCGCCCGGGGCGGCGGCCUUAGGGCUGGAGGAGGGGCCGGGCUGGAGGCGCGGGAGGAGAAGGUGGUGUACUCGCGGUCGCAACUGUCGCUGGCCGACAGCACCAAGGCGCUGGGUGACGCCUUCAAGCUGUUCAUGCCCUGCAGCACGGAGUUCAUGAGCUCGGACGCGGAGCUCUGGAGCUUCCUCUGCAGCCUCAAGCACCAGUUCUCCCCACACAUCCUGCGCAGCAAGGACGUCUAUGGCUACUCCUCCUGCCGGGCCCUGGUCCCCGACCCCCCGGGGACUCCUACCGCCCGCGGCCAGACGCGCAGGCCGGCCCAAGGCGCGGCGGCCAGAAGGAGGCGCCGCGGAGUCCGGGCGGCCGUCGCCCGCAGGAGGAAGCCACCGCCGCCACCGCCACCUCCGGCCCCCGAGGAGAGCCGCGCGGCCAAGUCUGUGACCCCUGGGCCCUGCUUCGGGGGCCGCACCCUGGAGGAAAUCUGGAGAGCAGCCACUCCGACGCUGACCACCUUCCCCACCAUCCGCGUCGGCAGCGACGUGUGGGGCGAGCGCAGCCUGGCGGCGGCGCGGCGCCGAGCACGCCAGGUCCUGCGAGUGAACCUGGAACCCGUGGUGAGGCUUCGCCGCUUCCCGGUGCCCCGGGCGUGAGACGCGGCCCCUAUGGCGCCUCCU